AUACUUCCGCCUUCCUCAAAGGACCACAAAAAUGACGGCGACUCUACGCCCGUACCUGAACGCAGUGCGUGCCACUCUGCAGGCCGCCCUGUGUUUGGAGAACUUCUCCUCUCAGGUGGUUGAGCGGCAUAACAAACCGGAGGUGGAGGUCAGGAGCAGUAAAGAGUUGCUGUUGCAGCCGGUGGUGAUCAGCCGUAACGAUAAAGAGAAGGUUCUGAUCGAGGGCUCCAUUAACUCGGUGCGGGUCAGCAUCGCCGUCAAACAGGCCGAUGAGAUCGAGAAGAUCCUGUGCCACAAGUUUAUGCGCUUCAUGAUGAUGAGAGCGGAGAACUUCUUCAUCCUGAGAAGGAAACCUGUUGAGGGCUACGACAUCAGCUUCCUGAUCACCAACUUCCACACGGAGCAGAUGUACAAGCACAAGCUGGUGGACUUUGUAAUCCAUUUCAUGGAGGAAAUCGACAAGGAGAUCAGCGAGAUGAAGCUGGCCGUCAACGCCCGAGCUCGUAUCGUGGCUGAGGAGUUCCUUAAAAACUUUUGAGGACUGUCGUGUGGUUCCCGUGGAGAGCGGCAUCGCAGAAUCAAAUUAGCAAAUCAGACUAAACCACAGAGGCGAGAGAACGUCGGAUCCCACAGUGCCGUACACAGUGUCCCCCUUUUGCCUUUUGUCUUCUGUUAGAGGUGCUUCUUGGUCCCAUGGAUAUUGAUAAAUGUACAUUGAACAAAAAAAAUCAACCCUGUUUUCUGAAAAUUAAAAAAGAUACGUAAGGUCAAGGCAGGUCCUUAAAAGUGUUAUCCAAAAAUUAAUAUUGAUGGGCACAGGAAGUACCGGCAACACAUCCUAAAGUCUCCAGUAACUUGUAUUGUUUGUUUUUUAUAUACAUAUCUAUGAACAUGUGUUUUUGUUAUUGAGAUUUAAGAAAAAAAAGGAGAAGAAUCAGACCUCAAUAUUAAUGCAACAGAAAACUGAACGUGGGUGCUUCUAUUUUACACAGCAAGCUUCUGAUUAGAGUUCCAGGUGAAAUUUGAAUGACUGCAUUAAAUGUAACACCGAUGGUAGAGAAUAAACCAAUAAAGUUAUAUUGCGCUUUCUGUA